AUGACUGGUUCGAUCGUGGCACCGGGUUUUGCUAUACUUGCUGGGCACCGGUAUUCGGAAGAUGGCCAACCAAAAGAACCCCAUAUUGUAGUCGAGUCCGAGGAUCAACCAAAUCGGCGGUUACUGGAAACAAAGAUUGUUAAGGACGACGGCUUCCAGAAGCAGCAAGGCACGCGAUCACCCGCUUUCUAUCUAUCUGUCCCCCCACCUCCCUCUGUACUCCCGCGCACAGGCGCCUCAUUGGUCUCGUUCUGGACAAGUAAUGGCGUUGAUAUGGCACUGAGCUUCCAAGAAGCCGAUGGCUGCGGCCUGGUCUGGAAAUUCAUCGAACAAGCGCAGCAAACCUUUAACGGAGGCAUGGCUGGCCCCGACGAGAACUUGGAAGAAGACCUCACCAUGGAAGCGCCCUCGAUACAGCUCCCGCCGGCCGAUCUGGGAUCGCUGCCGGAACUGGAUACUGCGAUCCGGAGCCUUUCGCAGUCGCCCGCUGGCCGCGAUGCGCUGGCCAAGACGAUCAUGAACGACGACUACAUCGGAAAGCUGAUCCCGCUAGUGGAGAUGGCGGAGGACCUGGAGAGCCUGACGGACCUACACCGGCUGUGCAACAUCAUGAAGACGGUGCUGCUGCUCAACGACACUAGCAUCAUCGAACAUGCAGUGUCAGACGAGUGUGUGCUGGGAGUGGUGGGCGCGCUGGAAUACGACCCUGAUUUUCCAAGCCACAAGGCGAACCACCGGCAGUGGCUGAACAACCAAGGCCGGUACAAGGAGGUUGUCAAGAUCCAGGACGAGCACGUACGCCGGAAGAUCCACAUCACAUACCGGCUGCAGUACCUCAAGGACGUGGUGCUGGCCAGGAUACUGGACGACCCGACCUUCUCGGUGCUCAACUCGCUCAUCUUCUUCAACCAGGUCGAUAUCGUGCAGCACCUGCACACUACCCCGGGCUUCAUGCAGGAACUUUUCGCCGUGUUCCAUGAUCCACAGCAACCGACGCUGCGCAAGAAGGAGGCCGUUCUGUUCAUCCAGCAGUGCUGCGCGAUAGCUAAGAACCUGCAGCCGCCGGCACGCCAGGGCCUUUACGUGCACUUCCUCAAGGAAGGGUUGCUGCCAGCCAUCAAUUUUGGCAUGCGCCACCGCGAUGUGGCAGUGAGGGUGGGUGCAACGGAUAUUUUGGUGUCGAUGAUCGACCACGACCCGUCGCUCGUCCGCCAAACAAUCUACGAGCAGAUCCAGAAACGGCUACAGCCGCUGACGGAUACCCUGAUUGACCUGCUCCUGGUCGAGGUUGAUCUCGGCGUCAAGUCGCAGAUUUCGGAGGCGCUGAAGGUGCUUCUGGACCCAUGCCCGUCGCCGCAGCAGCAGCAGCAGCAGCAGCAACAACAACAGCAGCAGCAGCAGCAACAGCAACAGCAACAGCAACAGCAACAGGGGCAGCAGGAAGGGCUCGCGGGUCAGCCGAGGCAGAGGGCACCCGUCGCGAUUGACCCGCAGCAGGACCUGUUUCUGUCGCACUUUUACGACAACUCGGCGGUCCGGUUGUUCAAGCCACUGCUAGAUCUCGAGAAACGGACCGACAUGACGUUUACCCCUGCAGAAGAGGGCCUCUUUAGCUAUCUCAACGACAUUCUGUGCUUCUACAUCCAGCGGCACCACCACCGCAGCAAGUUCUUUGUGUUUACGCAUAACAUUGCGUCGCGGUUUGUGCAGUUGCUAGCCUGCAAGGAGAAGCACUUGCAGCUUGUGGCCGUCCGCUUUUUCCGCCACCUCGUCGUCAUGCAGGACGAAUUUUACAUCAAGCACAUGGUUGAGAAGCAAGUGGUCGGCCCCGUCCUCGACGUGCUCCUGCGGACACUCCCGCGCGACAACCUGCUCUCGUCGGCCUGCUUAGAGCUCUUCAUGCUUGUGCACAAGGAACACCUCAAGGAGCUAAUCAAGCAGAUGGUCGAGAACUACCGCGAGAAGGUCACGGCGCUCGCCUACAUCGCCACCUUCAACGAGAUCCUGCACCGCUACGACCAUACCCAGGGCUUCACGCUCAACAUCGACCCCUACUUCGAGUCCGAAGACGAGCUUGGCCGCAGGCCCCCGAACGGCGCGGCCCGCGGCAUGAUGGAGCACCUGACGGUCGACCCGCAACAGGAGGAGUACUGGAACACGUCCGACGAUGAGGACGAACUGGCCAACGUGCAGGACGCCAACGAGGACGAGCUGCGCCGGUCGCUGGGCAUGGUCCGUAGCCCUUCGAAACCGCUCGUCGAGUACAACUCGGACGAGGAAGUCGACGAAAACGACGUCGCCAUGACUACUGUCCCAUCCAACGCUACACCAUCAACAGCCCUUCUCUCUUCGUCCGCUCCCGAUGAAACCACCAACGGCAGCCCAUCACGACGACGAUCCCCAUCACCAUCCCGACAACAACACUCACACCACCAACAACCACAACGAUCCCCCCGCACUCCGCCCCCGACCGCAGCAGCAGCAGCAGCCAACGCAGCCGCCUCCGUCACGCCCCCAGAGCGGUUAUCCGAAAAACGCCGCCGCGAAGAAGACGACGAUGACGACGACGCGCUGAACAAGCUCACCCAGCACAAGCGACGGAACAGCAGCAGUGUCGCGGCGAAUGCGAAUGCAGCCGUAUCGAUGGUCCCGAGCCAACAGCCGCAGCAGCAGCAGCAGACGGCGAUUCUUAAGAAGAAACGGAGUUUUGUCGCAAGGACGGGGAGUCCGAAUGGGGGGGCCGGUGGGGGGAGUGGGAAUGGUGGGACGAGAAAGAUUGCGAUUAGUUUGGGGAAGGCUGUUGCUGCGAGGGGGGAGGAGAGGGAGGGUCAGUAG